AUGGAUGACCAUGAAGAAAUUGCCAAUGCAGCAGCAUAUUAUAUUAUCGUUUGCAGUGAGUUUUUAAAAUAUUACUCAUCUGAUAAUGAAGAUGAAGCAAGCACUCCAAAAAAAAGAAGAUACUGGAUGGAUACAUUUUAUAAAAGUCGAAAAAGGUACAAUGCAACAAAUAUGCUGUGCGAUUUAAAUGUAGAUCCGUCAAGAAAAUUUGAAAACUUUUGUAGGAUGAGUUCCGUAGACUUCGAGCAUAUUUUAACGAAAAUAGGCCCAUACAUUUCUAAGAACGACACAAACAUGCGAGAAUGUAUCCCAAUCAAAGAAAGAUUAGCUGUGACACUUCGUUUUUUGGCUAGCGGUGACAGUUUCAAAAGUUUGUCAUACCUGUUUAAGUUUUCACCACAAACUGUUUCAAGAUGUGUAGCUGAUGUGUGCAAGGCUUUGAUCCUAGAAUUGAAAGAUGAAAUAAAGGUAUGUAAUCAUAAAUGA